CUGUCAUUUAUCCGCUCGCUUCAAUAUUAGAUUACAUAACUCAUAUAUAAAAAUUAGGCUUAUAUAAGAAUAUUUACUUGUUUUUCGCGAAGGCAAAGUAAGCGCAUGGACUGUGCUGCUCCCCUUCACUCCGUCAAGAUGGUCGCAUCUCGGAAAUGGCCGCUGUUGUCCAUGUGUUUCGAUCAGACGCAAGAAUCUCGAUUUGAUUUCACGUUUGAUAACAUUAAUGCUAUAAAGAUCUUACAUACAAACGCCCAGAUUAUACCCUAACUUGCAAGAAUGCCUCACAGAAAGAAGAAAGCCUUCAUCAAUAAGAAGAAUGCCGUGUCUUUCCACCUGGUGCACAGAAGUCAGAAAGACCCGCUGGCAGCAGACGAGACGGCACCGCAACAUGUCCUCCAGCCCACUGCCAAGGUGGAGGUGGAGAAGAGGAGGGAGGAACAGCGCAAGUUUGGAGUGUUUUUCGAUGAUGACUACAAUUACCUGCAGCACCUGAAGGAGGCGCCCCACCCCGUGGAGCUCGUCUCCACCCCUCGGGUCCACAGAGAGGCUCGCCCGAAGCCUGCGGAGGAUAAAGAGGACGUGGAGGAAGAGGACGUCCACGUCCCUGCGGUUUCCUUCAACCUGCCCUCGUCUGUGUUCGCGUCAGAGUUUGAAGAGGAAGUGGGUUUAUUAAACAAAGCUGCUCCUGUUUCAGGCCCGCGGUUGGAUCUGGAUCCUGACAUUGUCGCUGCGCUGGAUGAGGACUUUGAUUUCGACGACCCCGAGAACAUGCUGGAAGAUGACUUCAUCAUCAAGGCCAAUGACAUCACGGGUGACGCGCGUGGUGAUGAUGAUGAUGAUGAUGAUGAUGAGUGGGAGGACACGGAUGAGGAAGAUGAUGAGGAAGAUUAUAACUCGGCUGGUCUGUCGGAUGAGGAAGGCGCCCGGAGAGAGUUCAUGUUUGCCGACUGCGAGACGAAGAGUCGUUUUACAGAGUACUCGCUCACAUCCUCCGUCAUGAGGAGGAACGAGCAGCUCACGCUACUGGACGACCGCUUCGAGAAGUUUUUCGAGCAGUUUGACGAUGACGAGAUCGGAGCGCUGGAUAACGCAGAGCUGGAGGGAUACAUUGAACCAGACAGCAACCGACUGGAGGAGAUCAUCAAAGACUACUUCAUACAGAAGGAGAAAGACUGUCAGAAACUAGAUCAGCUGGGUCCUGUAGAGCUGCCAUCUGUGAGAGAGGACGAUGAAGAUGACGAAGGCGAUGAAGAGGCAGCGAUUGAUGAGAUGGUGGUAGAGCCGUCUGGAGAGCGCUGGGACUGCGAGACCAUCAUCAGCACUUACUCCAACCUCUACAACCGGCCCAAACUCAUCCAGGACCCUCCAAAGUCCAAGCCGAUCCGGGUGUCCGAUAAGACGGGGAUUCCUCUGGACGUUCUGCCGAAACGAGGCCCGACGGCCAAACAGGUGGAGAGGAUGGAGAGGAUAAACGACUCGGACCUUCCCAGAGCCUCGACGCAGCACCGCUCGCGGGACGAGAGCACAGAGGAGAAGAGAGCCAGAAAACAGGCCAUCAAGAGCGAGAGGAAGGAGAGGAGGACAGAGAAGAAAGCCAACAAACUGGCGUUCAUGCAGGAGAAACAGAUGCAGGAGAAACAGAUGGUUCAUUUAAGAGCCAACGUUCAGGGCAUGAAGCUCUCGUAGGACACCAGCGGAGACCAUAGGACCUUACUGAAGACACGAUAAGAUCAUUUACCUUACCCAGGACUUCCAUGUUUUGUUUUACUCAUGCAGUGUUUAUGAAUAGUGUUGCCAUGGAUACAUCACGAUGAAUGGAAUGUAUGGAACUGUUCUGUUUAAACAGUUCCACACUUGACUGACUCAGAGUUCUGUUCUAUUUAAACGGAACAACUUGACUGUUCAAAGGUAAAUAUUUAUGUACAAAAAUGUAAUUAAACUUGGGCUGUGAAACGAUUAAUCGUGAUUAAUCGCAUCCAAAAUAAAAGUUUGUGUUUACAUAAUAUAUCUGUGUGUAGUGUUUAUAACACAUGCAUGUAUAUACUUUAUAUAUAUAUAAAUAUAUAUAUAUAUAAACAAUUAUACACACUACACACAGAUAUAUUAUGCAAACACAAACUUUUAUUUUGGAUGUGAUUAAUCGCAAUAAAGCGUUUCACAGCCCUAAAAAAAAAAAAAGUCCAACCAUUUUUAAAUAUAAAAUACCAAUCCCACUUUUAAUUAAAAAACACUCAAUCUCAUUUUCACCAGUGACACAAUAUUGAACUCAAUGCAAACUAUCAGCUGCCUGUAAGCUGGACAGGACGGCUUCUCAAAAUCUCACGAUAUGUGCAUAACGUCAUUCACAACAGUGAACAAUAAACAACUUUGACCUGAAAUAAACGUAUCUGCUACAUGACAUGACCGUCUGCUCUAAUGUUCCCGAUUAGAGUCGGAUUAAUGUUGGAGUUGUGUGUUCACAUUUUUGUUGGAAAUUGUAAUUUGCAAGCUGGAAGUAUUUUAUAGAAGCUCGGGCAUGCAAAAACAGAAGUUAACUUGCGCAUACACAACCAUCCAAAAGUUUGCCGUCGGUUUGAUUUUACAAUCUUUUUGAAAGAAGUCUAUUCUGCUCACCAAGGCUUCAUUAAUUUGAU